AUGCGUAGUGCGUGUUACACACUUAAACGUAACAGUCGCCCGCCAUCGCCAUUCGUUUAUCGUUCUAUUUACUCGUUCGUAAGUCGUAUGAAAACGCCGCGUGCCAUUGACAUUUGGCUAGCGAAAAUUUGUAAUUUACGAGGUCCGUUGGCUAUGAUCUCCGAUCCCCCUAAGACCCGAGACUGGUGGCCGGCCCUGGAGGACUUGCGACUGAAGGACACGGCCGUGGUCGUCCUGAACACCAGCAUUGAAAAUCCGCCAAAGCUGGUGCGGCAUCUGUGGAACAACUCCUGGCUCCGAGUGACUGUCGACGGUGGCACCAACAAAUGGCACAGUUUUGUCAAACAGAACUCAUUUGAUGACUUGAAAUUCCCUGACCUCAUUACCGGUGAUCUGGAUUCGGCCAACCCUGCUGUCGUCGAGCAGUUUGUGUCGUUGGGUUCAAAAAUCAUUCCUACGCCCAGCCAGGAUGAGACCGACUUCACCAAAGCUCUUAAAGAGGUUAAAAAAUACUCAGCAAAGAAUUGUAAAUCAAUAGAUUCUAUUAUUGUCAUGGUAAACAUGUGCCAUAGGGUCGAUCAUUUCUUGUCAAAUUUAAACACUUUGUACAAGUCAAAGACCAAAGACCUUUACUUCAACGAAGACAUAUAUCUGCUGGGAAGAAAUUCAUUGACCUGGUUGCUUCAGGCCGGUACACAUCGUAUUCAUGUUCCUCAGUCCCUCAGGUUGCACCCAGAGAACAAUUAUGUAGGAUUUUUUCCAAUGGGUUCGGCAUGCAACGAAUGUACAACGACUGGACUUAAAUGGAAUUUAAGUGGAACACUAAUGGAAAUGGGAGGACUUACCAGUAGCAGUAAUACAUUUAAUGGAGAACCAAUCGUUACAAUCACCAACAGUUCUCCGCUAUUGUGGACAAUGACUAUGGGUUAUGAAGAAAGUUUCUAA